AUGGAAGAGUAUCUCGAUUUAUCAGAUGAUUUAGAUUCACAACCUAAUUUGGACAUGGAAUUAAAUGCCUUUUUCAAUUUCAAUCAUGAGCCAAAUAACCGGCCGGGGCUUAACAGUGUUGAUCGAUAUCUUGGCUUUGGCGAUCAAUUAGGAACGCCGUUCCAAUUGGCACCCAAGAUGUCGUCAGGAAGCGAACCACCUUUAGGUUCAAUUUCUGACCUACUAAGUGAUACGCCAAUGAAUAAGGAUAUUGAUUACUCCACUACCACAGAGACCCCUACGCCGCAAUUUACAUAUGUGGCCGAAAACUUUUUGGCAAAUGACUGCUCCCUUAAUGAAGAGCUAAUACUACCAAAUGGCAUCAAUAAUAAUGCUAAUACUAAUACUAAUAACACUAAUAACACUAAUAACACUAAUAACACUAAUAAUAACCCAAAGAAUAAUUUUAAACAAAAAGCCGUUCAUUUCCUUGCCAAAGAAGGACAUUUUGUGAGAACGAAUGAGGAGUCAAGCCAGUCGUUAAUGAAUUUAAACAACGAUAUUUUUGAUGGAAGAAGGGAAAGUUUCGUCUCUGAUACUGUUACGCCAAUAAACUCUAGAGCAAACUCCCCUAGAAAUAACCCUUUGAGCUUCCACAACAAGCAACACAUUGUUCAAAAUAACGGUGUUGGUAUUACCAAUAAUAGCAUGCAGUCACAGCAAGCUAAACUUAAUGUUGAUUUUGGUUUCAACACAUCCCCUGCUUUUCAGUUGAAUAAUGAUGCUAAUAUGAAUGACCUCUACCUGAAUAAUAUAUUCCCAUUAUCACCCUUGAAGAAAACCUUUAAAGAGUCACCAAAAAUUAAACAAAGGAAAACUUCUUCAUCUUCAAUGUCGUCUAACUCUUCGCUUUCUCUGCCCUUAGAGUCUCAGUCCAUGAAAGAUAAGAAGUGUGUUUUUAAGCCUGCGCCCAGGAAAAAAUCUGAACUCUACUUUAGACCUGAAAGAAGGUGUCCCAAAUUCGAAUUUGGUAUACGCUCAGAGGACAAUGUUGUCAAUGUCAGUUUCCAUGGAGGGUUUAUUAGAAACACUAUUAUGGAUUGGUAUUUCCCUCCUAAUAGUCCUCUUCCAACGAACUUUCAAGAUGUAACUAUUCGGUAUGACCAUCAAUAUUAUGAGAACAUUUUGAGCAGUAUUGAUCAACAGAUCAGAUUGCAGGGUGAUCCAAACAUCUCGACUUUCAGAUCAUAUUGGAAAUUGUUGAAGACUCAAGUGGGUCCACAUAUAAAGCUUGAGUUUGUACCUGAAUCUUUGGAUUGUGACGUAAAUUUCUCUAAAACCCAGUACUAUUUCAACAUAGUGUCAAGAAUUGUUCGUCCUAACAGUUUUGGACCCAUUGAAAGUGGAGCAAGAUACAGGGCUAAGAUGGUAAACGACAUGAAGUUAGACGAUAGUACGGGAAACCCAAGAUGGUGUCAUUUUAUUACCAGUGCAGAAAUGAAAGGUAUUCUAGACUUCAUCUUCGACGGACUCGAUUACAUUGCAAAUGAUGACACUUUACCAAACAAGCUUGCUAAGGGUAUUAAACCAAACCCUUUCAAACAACACGAGUCAAGAAUAAGGUCACACAUGGUCGGAUAUGUCUCUGGUAAAAAAUGCAUGAGAAAUGCUACUAAUAUCCUUUUCGGAGAAAGGAAGGUAUUUGCCGAAGAAAUGUAUCAACAAGUUAUUGGGUAUGACGACAAGAAAAGACCUUAUAAUACAUUGAAAGAGUUCGCCGUAAUGGAAGUCAAGUAUAUGAUGGACAACAUCGAAGACCUUUUUGAGAAGUUUUAUUGGGUUGACCCACAGACAGUUCCCCCAGGGGGUUAUAAAGUUCGCUUUUAA